AUGGCUUCGAAAACUGCUGCUGCCGCUGUGGACUUCACGCGGAUUUACACGACGCUCGGCUUGGGCAAGGAGACCAUUGCUUCCCUCCAGGCCUUCCGCAAGCGGCACAGCGAGGCCCAGCGCCUGCAGGCACAGUACGCCUCGCAGCCGACCACCGUUGACGUUGCACACUACCGCUCUGUGCUGAAGAACAAGGCAAUCGUUGACGAGGCCGAGAAGCUGCUCAAGUCCUUCACGCCCGUCACAUACGACGUCAAUGCCCACGUUAAGGCCAUUGAGACUUUCGAGACCAAGGCCGUCGCCAAGGCCAAGGAGACCGCUGAGAAGAUUGACGUUGAGCUGAAGGAGCUCCAGACCACGCUUGCCAACAUCGAGGGGGCGCGUCCUUUCGAGGACCUCACCGUCGACGAGGUCGGCGCUGCGCACCCACGGAUAACGGAGGCUGUCGAAAACAUGAUCAAGAAGGGCAAGUGGACAGUCCCAGGCUACAAGGAGAAGUUCGGAGACCUCUCGCUCAUGUAG